AUGGAAAUGGUUUCAGACUUCGAUCAAUUGUUAGGUGAAGCAUCAGAAGCAUUCGGGUCUUUAGACACCCAGAAGGUAACUCAGAUUUUAAAUCGUCCAGUGCCUCUACGUCCAUCUCUUACCCUUCUAAAGGAACUUCCAUCACUAAAACCUUUACUUCCCCCUUCAAAUCUGAACAAAAAUCCUAUUCCAAUUUUAAAGGGGGGUUAAAAAAUUGUAUUUAAAUUUUUCUAUAUAAUUUUUUAAAAAAUCUUAAAAAAAUAUAAAUUAAGUGCAAUGCUCUGAACUUUAAUUGAUUUUUAUAAAUAAUUAAAUAAAAAAUUAAUCGAUUCUUUUGAAUUUCUAUUAAAUCUAAUUUUAUAAAAAUUAGUAUUUUUCAUCGAUACUUUUUGCUUUUGAAAAACAAAUUUUGCUUCAAUUUAAAAGGGGAUUUAAGUACCCAAAAAAUGCAAAUUUUACCGAUGUUUUUUUUGUUCAAUUGAAAAGGGGGAGUUAGUAGAUCAACUUCGCUCAAUAGGCCCGAAGUCGAAAUUUAUUUUAGAAAACCCUUCAAGCGACGAAGAAUCGGACGAUGACUCUUGCUUUCCUUCAGUAAAGCAUGUUGUGACAGGAAUUCUAGAUACAAUUAAUACUUCGAUCACAGUAUUUCCACACACAGACCCAAUAUGAUCUUAG